ACCGAUCGGAUGUACUUGCAGGGUAAAAACUCAUGGACUAAAGGUCAGAAUCGGCAUUUCGUCGACUUCCUCCUCAAUGCCAGGGAGGAGCUCAUCGCCGAGGAAAAAGGAUCCGCGAAGUAUCUCCACGAUGACAAUCUCAAGAACGUGGUAUUGGACAUCUUCGGAGCGGGAACCAGCACCAGCAAAACGAUCUUGGGCUUCAGUUUCCUACAUCUAGCGAACGAUCUCGAGCUCCAAGAUGAACUCCGCGAAGAAAUCGUCGACGCUUUGGGCAGCAGAGUGUGUGGAGCAGCAGAUCGAGGGAAAAUGCCGAAAGUGGACUCGUUUUUGCGAGAAGUCAUUCGUGUGCACCCUCCGGCCCCAUUGGGAAUCGGGAGGAGGACUCAGGCCGAUAUAAUUCUAAAUCGACGCCCCGUUCCCAUAGGUACCGACAUGUUCAUGAACAUUCUCGCAGUCAACCAUGACAAAGCCAUCUGGGGUCCGGAUGCGGGCGAAUUCAACCCACGCAGAUUUCUGACGGCGACGAAGGAGCAAGUCAAUCGGGGAGCCACUUCUUUCGGGCUGGGAGCCCGAACCUGCCCAGGAGAGAAAAUGGCACAGGCUGACAUGUUGUACGCGAUUGUCCGAACACUCCAGAAUGUCAGACUAACGUGCCCUGAUGGACCCGGCACUGCUAACUUGAACAGCAUUGAUUCUGAUCUCCUGAUCGAUGCUGUGAGACAAGACCUCAUUUUCACCAGAAUUGAUGAACCAUGGAUUUUCUGGGCUCACCCUCACCCGAAUCGUCGUUACUGCGAUGGAGCGGCCCUAUUGCUAGCUGUUGAUGGCUGUCAUUCCGGCUGCACAAUGGCGCUGGUCGAGUUGUUUCUCGUAAGACUGACCGAGCCGAUUUCAUGGAUCGCCUUGGUCCUCGGCCUACUGACGGCCUAUUUGAUUCAGUUCGUGAAUCGGGUCCGUAAACUUCCGCCAGGUCCAUCGCCGCUACCUUUCAUCGGGAACAUUCCCCAGCUCCGGUCGGAAAUUCCUCUGUAUGAGAAAGCCAUCGAUUGGGCUCGACAGUAUGGAGACCCAAUAACCGUGUGGAUAGGGCCUCGUCCGUUCGUGAUAGCGUCAUCGAAAGAAUCUUUCAAGGACAUCUCGGGCCCAUUGCGUAAUCUGAUUGCCGGCCGGAAUCCCACAAACAUUGGCGCGCUCCAAACUCGUGGAUACCAGGAUGUUCUGUUCAGCGAUUUUUCGCCAGCAUGGGAUACUCUGCGAAGAGUCGCUCACGUUGCGAUGCGUAAAUACGCUACCACCGAAAAACUGGCUAAUUUGGUGGCCGAAACCGUGGACUCGGAGCUCGAAGGAGUUUUCGAAGGGAGAGAUGAAUGCCGGUAUGAAGUCGUCGAGUUUAUCGAGGGAAUAAUCAACAACGUUCUGGCCUUGUCGAGCUUCGGAGAAGGAUUCAAGAAGGGAGACGAGAACUUCGAAAAAAUGAGACGAGCCAAUCGAGACUUCGAAGUAAACUCUCCGAAUGGACUGCCGUCGGACAUUUUGCCCAUUCUGCGCUAUUUGUUCCCAAGGCAGGAACGAGCCGCUCGAGGAGCUAUCCUGGAAGUUCUCGACGUCACGGACGAAAUGUUUGCUAAAGCGAGGGCAACAUGGACGUCCGGGAAGAGUCGUCAUUUCACAGACGUUCUACUGAACGCUCGUGAGGAAUUCGUCGCCGAGGAUCGAAACUCCGCGAAGUAUCUGACCGACGAGAACCUCAGACAGGUCGUCCUGGAUAUCUUCGGCGCAGGAACCGGGACGAGCCGCGGUAUCUUGAGCUACUGCUGCGUAGAACUUGCGAACGAUCCCGAGCUCCAAAGUGACUUGCGCACAGAAAUUCUCGAAGAGCUCGGUUCGAAACGCUGCACGGCAGAGGAUCGCGAACGGUUGCCGAGGACUGAUUCCUUCCUGCAAGAAAUAAUACGAUACUACCCGGCUGCUCCGCUGUCUCUCCCUCGGAAGGCCAUGACCAACACGACUAUAAACGGUCGUCCCGUACCGAAAGACAUCGAUGUCAUGAUCAACCUGUAUGCCGUGAAUCGAGACGAGAGCAUAUGGGGAAGCGAUGCGGGAGAAUUCAGGCCAUACAGGUUCCUAAAUGUGACGAAGGAUCAGCUAACCCGCGGCUCCAACUCGUUCGGAAUCGGAGCACGGUCUUGCCCCGGGGAAAAGUUAGCGCAAGCGGACAUGUUCUACGCGAUCGUAAGAACUCUCCAGAGAGUUAAACUCACCUGCGUCCAUGGACCGGGAACAGCUGAUUUCGGAAAGAAGAAUUCCGACAUAUUCCUGGAAUCUCCUCGGCAGAACUUGAUCUUCGCGAAAGUUGAUACCGUCUGAAUGCGCAAACAUUCUCCGUGCUAGAGCCAGUGUAAGAUAUACAAUACUUAAUUGAAGGAUAUCUUCUCAACUGAGCUAUCUUUCUAUCUCCUUCAUUGAGCUGAACAAUUUCUCCAUCGGACCAUCAUCGUCUCCCCUCGAUCUUAAUCUCUUCUGAUGAAUGAAUCAUCGAGCCCCGAGAAGGUCCGGUCGCUGCCUGGCGAGCGGAUAAUCAAGAAUGCCGGCCGAUCCCCAUGUCAUCUUUGCGGUUCCCAAUAAAAUAUGAGAAUUUGA